CAUCGGAGUGAUCACACUCUUCUCUGCUUGUGUUACCGACGGCCGUAGUUUCCGUGUGAGGGUAAAAACUGUUUACAAAAGUUAAAGAAAAACAGAGAAACUUAUUUUUUGUGGAUUAUAAUGGUUAUGGCGGACAGAAAUGUCGUAGAUAUAAGAAAUGGAAGGCGUUCUCGCUGUGCUAGUCCAAAUGACUUUUCAGACGACGACAGCGCCGAUUCCGAGCACGGCGGUGGAAUGAGAGUUGGACACGAUUUCCAGGCAACAGUUCCCGAGUUUACUCCAGUUACCAGACAAGUCCAUUGCUAGUCUAGUCAAAUACUACUACUCCUGGAAAAAAACUCGCUCACGUACAAGUCUAAUGGACCGACAAGCCAAGAAGCUGACUAAAGCUGGUGACAGUGAUGAAGAAUCUGGAGAUGAAGCUGGUAAACCAACAGAAAAUGGAAAAGAAGAAUCUAAAGAAAAUGAGAAAGAAGACAGAGAAUUUUAUCAUGAAAGGCGAACAGGGGUGAUUAGAUCAAAGCGACACGACCAUGGCCACAGUCGACACAACCCUAUGAAACACAAACGAAAGCCCCCACGCGGAAUGCACAUCAACACAGAAGAUCUUCAGCUGGUUGGAAAUGGUUUGUCUGGCCAGGCGGAGGCUCUGCUCAAGUCAUUGGACGCAGAACUGGUCUCCAUCAAACGACAGGUACAGAAUAACAAACAGAUAAUUAGCAUGCAGAAACACAAGCUGACCUGUGGCAUAGAUGAACUGAAACCUCCAGAGAGUAACCAGCGCAUAAAUGCCAAGUGGACGAAUGAAGAGCUGUUAUUGGGAGUACAAGGUGUCAGAAAAUAUGGAAAAGACUUUCAGGCUAUUGCUGAAGUGAUAGGAAACAAGACAGAGGCCCAUGUACGGAGCUUUUUUGUAAACUUCCGACGACGAUAUAACUUAGAUGAAGUUCUGGCCGAGUAUGAAGCAGAACACGGCACAACAGAAAGUACUAGGGAUGAUGAGGAUACCAAAGAGGAGGAAAAGAUGGAGACAGACGCAAAUGAGAUUGAAGUGAAUGGUAUCAGUACGGAUGACAAAAAUGGGACCUCAGCCACCUCGACUGCACCGCCACCUCUCCUUAAACAAGCUCAGGGAUCUGUAAGCCUCCGGGUACCGUCAGUACCUCAACACUCCAGGUUACUUCCUCCUCAAAGAACAAUACUGCAUCAGCCUCCCCCACUGAUCGCCGGCCGUCCAAACUCAUCUUCUCCGUCGAAUACCACAAAGUCCAUCAGUGCCUCUUGAUAGACAAUGGACAAGUUUUGUUGUGGGCUGGUAACACACAGGAACAAACUAGAAACAUUUCCUUAAGCAAAAUGCAGAAUGCCUAGUUUGUCUAAGAGAUAUCAGUAAACGAGCUGUAUGUUUAGAAACCAAGUUGUUAUAGAACAUCAAAAGUCUAUUGUAAGAAUGCCAAGAUCCCAAAGACUGGCAUCAGUAGCUGUACAGAGUACCCAACUCUAACCAUGAGAGUUUGCACUCCGUGCACACAAUGCCUACCCCUCGGUAGCUCCUAUCAGAAAGGUGUGUCAUGUCAGAGGAGACUUUUGCGCUCUGUGCUCACGCAAUGCCUAACUCGGGUCUGAGAACUGUGUCAUGUGUACAGAAUACCAAAAGUGUCAAUUAUGGCCCUAGGAACUGUACUGGGCAGGGAGAGGAUUUAAAAAGUGUGCUUAAGAUUAUGUGCCUAUAUAGAGGUAAAUUCAGUCGAUAUUUAAUAAUGGAAGUGGGGAGUAAAUAUUGUAGAUAAGGUAUAUAAUUCCUGUUAUAUCAUUGAUGAUAUUACCAUGGUUACCCGGUACAUUGUCAUGUUUAAAUCUAUUUUUGAUAUUUUACAUUGAAAUAUCUCAAAUAAAUCAUGAAUCACAAAAUCUGUCCAGAUGUAGAAUAUUAAUUUUUGGGUCAGUAUGGAUAUUUGUUUGCUUACUUGCUUGCAUUAAUUUCACUGUAUCUUAUUGGCUGUGCAUUAAUAGGAGGUAUGUCUACGUGUAUACUAAUAACUACUAGUACAAACAAGGAGUUGAUGCCCUAUUUCUAAUAUUUCAGGCAUAAGUCAUGACUGACCUGCAAUUGUCAACACAGGUCUUGAAAAGCUCGCCAGAAAGUAUAAGAUCACUACGUCCGUUCUAAUUUUAUAAAUGAUCGAGUCUGGUCCAACCAUUUGGAUGGGUGUAAACAGAUAUGGCCCAAGUCUUGUAUAAGAAAUGAAUUCAGGGUAUUGACAAUUUUUCAAUAGCAAUAUGGGGUUAUUUUCAACUUUAACGAAAGUUAUGAUGUGCAAUUCGAGUCUGUGACUCAAUCGUUGCUUCCGAAUGUCACAGUGAAGUGCUAGGUAGUUGUGUACAGGUUAUAGUUCAGACCACAGUUUCACAAGAGUUGAUAACUUUAAGAUCAAUUUAGAAAUGGUAACUGGGCAUUACAGUUGCUUUUUAGCUCACCUGGCUGUAAGGGCUGAUGAGCUUAUGCCUUGGUGCAGCGUUCGUCCUUUCCUUUAAGUUACUGCUUCUCCUGAACGACCGAAUAGAUUUUAAUGAAAUUAUUGGCCAAAGGAUAAAUGAGGAGUGUGUCUUCCCUGAGGCCAGAUAAGUGAAAAAAAAUCAAAAUACGUCUUCUUUAAGAAUGACAGGAUUUAGUGCAAAUUCAGUUUGAACCAAUCAAUGAUUACCGAAAUAUCCAGGUGAGCGAUCUCAAGAGUAACCAACUCCAGAGAAGCUGUGGUCUGAACUUUAACAGGUUGUAGUAACGUAUAUUGAAUAUUAUUAUAUGACAGCAUUUGAACUAAAUCUCGCCUUGUGUUGAUAUAUUCUGUUAGAGAGCAGUUUUUCACUUUAUUCUGUUAUUUUGCUGUUAGAGUACUGUGUCAGAGUAUACAUAGUUAUUUGAUUCUUCUCACAUUUGCAGUUUUACAGAAUCAUUGAAAAAUAGCCUGGCUUUAAAUAUCAUUAAGUUUAACAAUAUGUGUUGACGCGCAUAAGUUGAAAACCAUCUCGGUUGCAAACGAUUCCCUGGUCAGUGCUGGGAAAGGUAGGGAAAACAGUAUGUUUUUUGGGGAAAUCACCUACAUGUACUAGGUUUUUCUACUGCCCAGAAAAUUCCUCUGUAACUUUCAUGAUGUGAAUAUGAUGUUGCUCACCUAAUUAUUUUCUUCCAGAUGACAUUGCUAGGACAUUUUGAAGUCAUUUUAAUUUUAUUUAGUUUAAAUGUCCUACUCCAUCUAUUCUCUUCAUUCAUAAUUUCAUAUAGAUUUUUAUUUCAUUGCUCCAUCUAUUCUCUUCAUUCAUGUAAAUGUUUAUUUCUUUGCUCCAUCUAUUCUCUUCAUUCAUGUAAAUGUUUAUUUCUUUGCUCCAUCUAUUCUCUUCAUUCAUGUAAAUGUUUAUUUCAUAUAGGGGAGGUAAUGACUGAUAUUAUCAGUGAAGUUUGCCUUAACAUUGUAAAUAUCUUUUUAUUUAUUAUCAUUUGUACUAUAGUUUUUGUAUAUUUUCAACCUUUUAACAACCCAGUGAUUUCAAAUACUUAAUUGUGAAGUGCUCAACUCUGUUGAAUGACAUACCAGGUAGUUUAACACAAGUCACUGUAUCAUGACAUGAUACUUGUCGAUGUCAUCAACCCCAACCUGAAGCAAGGAUACAUGUUGUAUUUUACAAAGGGGUUAUAGUAUCAUAAUCAUCUUUGAUUUAUUUUUUGUUAACAUACCUGUCUUACCGAAUUAAAAACAGGAUGAUGCCUCUGUAAUACGUACAGUUUUAGUUGGUAUGGGUUUUUGCCUUUGGGUUUCAAAUAUUCAUUCCAUUGUUGAAUAAGAGAUAAAAUAUGUAAAUUAGGAUAUAUACAUGUGUAUAUAAAAAUGAUGAGAAUAUUGAAUAAAAAUUAAAAAACAAACA